CAUAGACAAGCGUCAUUAUUGUUUGACGUUUGUAUUUUCAAUUUUGCUUUUCAUCGUACGCUAAGCGUACAAUAUUGUGAAUAUCGGUGAUAUUAUCAAUUAAAAACUCUUCUUAACAAUGUUCAGAAACCAGUAUGACAGUGAUGUCACAGUCUGGAGUCCCCAGGGCCGUAUCCACCAGGUGGAGUACGCUAUGGAAGCCGUCAAGCUAGGUUCGGCGACUGUAGCGCUGAAGAAUAAGGAGUUUGCAGUAUUGAUAGCUUUAAAACGGGCUGUCAGUGAGUUAUCGGCAUAUCAGAAGAAGAUUAUUCCCAUUGAUGAGCAUAUUGGAAUUUCUAUCUCAGGAUUAACUGCUGAUGCUAGAAUGUUAAGCCGUUACAUGCGCACAGAGUGCCUAAACCACCGCUACUCCCAUGACUCUCCGAUGCCUGUGGGCCGCCUCAUCGCCAUGGUCGGCAACAAGAUGCAGAUCUGCACGCAGCGGUACGACAAGCGGCCGCUCGGUGUUGGCUUGCUGGUUGCUGGUUAUGAUGAUCAAGGCCCGCACAUCUACCAGACCUGCCCAUCUGCUCUCUACUUCGACUGCCGCGCCAUGGCCAUUGGCGCGCGCUCGCAGUCCGCCAGGACUUACCUCGAGAAGCAUCUCAACACCUUCCAGGAUUGUGACCUUCAUGAGCUGGUAGCUCACGGCUUGAGGGCUCUGAGAGACACGCUGCCCAAUGAAGUGGAUCUUAAUACUAAGAACGUCUCCAUCGCCAUCGUCGGUCCCAAGACCCCACUGCGGAUCAGCGACGAGGCCGAGCUGACGCAGUUCCUGGCGCUCGUGGAGGGCGAGGAGCGGCGCGGGGGCGGCGCGGGCGCAGCGCCCACCGGCGACGCGGGCGCCGCCCCGCCCGGGGGGGAGGGGGACGAGCGGGACGGCAGGGACAGGGAGCCGCAGGUCGCGGUGGCGAUGGACACAGAAUAAGCGCCAGCGAACGGCUGCGGCCGGGUGACAUCCGUGACCCAGUGGACACAGUGAUUUACAAGACCUCGAUGUCCAUCUGUCCCCCGGUCCCGACCAUAGCCUUCCUUCCUCCCGCCCGUUGGACACAGAAAGACCUGCCUUGGCCAGUGUUCGAGGUUGCUUGUUGACUGGUACUUUUAAAUUUUAUACGUUAAAUUUAAAAAAAAACUCAUCACGUGGAGUCACCGGACAGACCUAGCUUAUAGUUCGUUUUUUUAGCAUUAGAAAUAUGGUAAACAAUUUUGAUGUGUAUUUUAAUUGAAAAACACAUUUUAAAAAUAAGUAACGGCAAAUAUGUAACAAUUAUGAAUCUAAUACGAUCGUUUAUAUUCUUUUGCUUUCAUAAGUAAUAGUUUUUGAUUUUAUAAAAGCAUUUUUCAAUUAAAAGACAUGUCAAGAUCGCUUACCUUCUUGCAAGUUCUUUCUAAUGCUAAAAAAAAACGAACUAUAGUGUGUACCACUAAAUAAACCAAUGUAAAUGUAACUUACUGAUUACCAAAAUAAAUUUUACUUUACUAUCAGUACAUCAUCGUGAACCGUAUUUGCAAAAAAUAGUCACGUGAUCGUUGCUCCAUACAAACAUAGUUCCCAUUUUCCGCUCAGGAUAUUAACGUUAUAGGAAUUAUUAUUACUCAAAUUGAUGUAUAGUAUGCCCCUCGUUAUUUUUUCUUUAAAUUUUUAAAUUAUCAUAAAAGUUAAGAACUUUUGCUAGAAUUCGUUUUUCACUCCUAACUCUUAUCAUAAUCAAAUAAUCGAAAAAAGUGGCAUGUUAAUAUACAAUAAAUUGUAUAAAAACAUUUUCCUUUGUUGAUAUUUAUGUCGCUAGAAAAUUGGCUUUGUGACUGAAACUAGGCAUCUAUAUUUCUGCACUAUUUAUUGAACUCAAUAACAUUACAUAAAUUGAGUCGCUUAACUUCAAACUCGGGUAAAUCCAUCCGUCAGAUUAUGCAAUUUUGGUAUUAAGAAAACGUAAUAGGGUAGAUAUUUGCUGAGAGGGUCCAAUGGAUUUACCAGAGUUUGAAGUUAAGCGACACAAUUGUCAUUCUAAGGAACAUUCAUUUUAUUUUAUUUAUUAGGAGAACAACAGAGUAAAAUGUACAUAAGAUCUUAAAAACUAACUUACAUACUAAAACAUGCAUUUUCCUCCCUGGCAGUUCUCACCGAGAACUAAAAUUCUAUGUCAUUCUAUGUAAACAAACCGCCUUAUUAAAAUUAUCUCUGAAUGUCCAUUUACUAGUGACUUGUUUACAUGUUAGCAAGUUCCGUAGAAUGACACUUUAUAUGUAAUGUUCGACUAAUAGUUUCCAUAAUACUGAAACUGCCAGUGACUUGAUGUCUCGAGCACUGGCCAAGGCAGAACGAAAGUAAAAAUUGUAUUUUGCAUUUUUAGUAUCUAUUGUUUGUUUCUGUGUAAAAUAAAGCGCGCAUAUCUUUAUA